GAAAUGUGGACGCUAUCCGUGACCUGGAAGUAUUAAAAUUGUAAUUGUAAGACGUUUCCGGCAGGAAAACGAAAUCUUAACAGAGGGACGAAAAGGCGGAAAAUAGAACGAAUGGACUCUCCCGGCAGAAGUCCCAGUCCUGGGCAAAAAGAACAAAGUGGACCUAGAGAAGACGAGUCCUGUGCUGCAGCAGAGAAGCCCCAACAGGCCGGCUCAGUUGAGAGAAGCCCCAAAGAGAGGCCAUCUCCUCAGGCCAGUCCUGCGGGCCGUUCUCCCUCCGGGAGCCCUGCCUCCAGCAGCUCUGAUGACAGCAGCAGCAGUAGUGAUGAUGAGGAUGGACAUAAUGGGGCACUGAGGAAGUUAAGGAGCAGUGUGGCUCAGAUCAAAAGAUCAAGAUCCAGGUCCAAGUCCAGAGAGCGAGACAGGUCCAAGUCCAGAGAGCGAGACAGGUCCACGUCCAGAGAGCAAGACAGGUCCAGGUCCAGAGAGCGAGACAGAUCCACAUCCCGAUCCAGGUCCAGAGGGCGAGACAGGUCCAGAGAGAGAGACCGAGAUCGGGGCCGCUACGACAGAGGACGCUAUACUCGUGAUCGCUAUGACGAUCGCCGUGACGAGAGGGAUGGCCGUUUUGACCGGCAGACAAAUCGGGAUGCAGAGUUUGAUCACAGGAGGAGAGGACGCUCAGGCUCCUUACCAACAGACAGGGAGCCAGUGGCGGCUGAAGAGCCGCCGGUCAAGAAGAAGAAAGAGGAGAUUGACCCAAUCCUGACGAGGACGGGUGGAGCUUAUAUCCCCCCCGCCAAGCUACGCAUGAUGCAACAGCAAAUCACUGACAAGUCCAGCCUGGCAUAUCAGAGGAUGAGCUGGGAGGCCCUGAAGAAGUCCAUCAACGGACUGAUCAACAAAGUCAAUGUGUCAAACAUCGUCCACAUCAUCCAAGAGCUGCUGCAGGAGAACAUCAUCAGGGGAAGGGGUCUUCUGGCUCGCUCGGUGCUGCAGGCUCAGGCAGCAUCUCCCACCUUUACUCAUGUUUACUCUGCUGUCGUUGCCAUCAUCAACUCCAAGUUCCCGCAGAUUGGAGAGCUGAUCCUCAAACGCCUCAUCCUGUCCUUCAGGAGGAGCUAUCGCCGCAACCUCAAGCAACAGUGUCUGACAGCCUCCAAGUUUGUGGCACAUCUCAUCAACCAGAACGUGGCUCAUGAGGUUUUGUGUCUGGAGAUGCUCACUCUGCUGCUAGAGCGUCCAACUGACGACAGCGUGGAGGUCUCCAUUGCCUUCCUGAAGGAGUGUGGACUCAAACUGACCGAGGUGUCCCCGCGAGGAAUCAACGCCAUAUUUGAGCGUCUCAGGAAUGUCCUCCACGAGUCGGCCAUUGAUAAGAGGGUCCAGUACAUGAUCGAGGUGAUGUUUGCCAUCAGAAAGGACGGUUUUAAAGAUCAUCCAGUGAUCCCAGAGGGCCUGGACCUGGUGGACGAGGAAGACCAGUUCACCCACAUGCUGCCCCUGGACGACGAGUACAAUGUUGAGGAAAUGCUCAAUGUGUUUAAGAUGGACCCAGACUUCCUGGAUAAUGAGGAGAAAUACAAAACCAUCAAAAGAGAUAUCCUGGACGAGGGCAGCAGCGAUUCAGGGGAGGAGGGCGAUGGCAGCGAAGAAGAUGAUGAAGAUGAAGAAGAGAAAGUGCAGGAGGGAGAAGAUGAGAAGGUCACCAUCUUUGAUCAGACAGAAGUCAACCUGGUUGCUUUCAGAAGAACUAUCUACCUUGCUAUCCAGUCCAGUUUGGACUACGAGGAGUGCGCUCACAAACUGAUCAAGAUGGACUUUCCUGACAGCCAGACGAAGGAGCUGUGUAACAUGAUCCUGGACUGCUGCGCUCAACAGAGAACAUACGAGAAGUUCUUUGGUUUGCUGGCCGGGAGGUUUUGUCUGCUGAAGAAAGAGUACAUGGAGAGUUUUGAGGGGAUUUUUGCAGAGCAAUACGAAACGAUUCACCGACUGGAGACCAACAAACUGAGGAAUGUGGCUCGACUGUUCGCUCACCUGCUCUACACAGACUCGGUGCCCUGGAGUGUGUUGGAGUGUGUCAGGAUGAGUGAGGAGACCACGACCUCGUCCAGCAGAAUCUUUGUGAAGAUCCUCUUCCAGGAGCUCUGUGCCUACAUGGGCCUCCCCAGACUCAAUCAGAGGCUCAAAGACAUGACUCUGCAGCCGUUCUUUGAAGGUCUUUUUCCUCGCGAUAAUCCCAGAAACACUCGCUUCGCCAUCAACUUCUUCACUUCUAUUGGACUGGGAGGACUGACGGACGAGUUAAGGGAACAUUUGAAGAACGCUCCCAAGAUGAUCAUGACUCAGAACCAGGAAGUGGAAUCCUCUGACUCCUCAUCCUCUUCAUCCUCCUCGUCCUCUUCAUCCUCCUCCGAUUCCUCCAGCGAAUCAGAUUCCUCUUCCUCCAACUCCUCCAGCGAAUCAGAUUCCUCCUCCUCAAACUCCUCCAGCAGUUCAGACGGAAAACACAGGAAAAAGAAAAAGAGUAAAGAACAAAGCGAGGUGAAAAAGAAGAAGAAAGGGGAGGACAAGAAAAAGAAGGACAAACAGUCAGACAAGAAGCGAGCCGGACGCAAGAAAAACGAGGAGGAGGACGACGACAGUGAUAACGAAAAACAGGCGAGGAAGGACAGAAAGGGGCGUACACGUAAAGUGGACGGGCGUGAGCGCGCGCGGGAGUUGGAUGGGCGUGAGCGCGCACGUGAGGUGAAUGGGCAUAAUCCCACGUGUGAGGCGGAAGAGCGUGGCCGUGCACGUGAGGCGGAAGAGCGUGGCCGUGCACGUGAGGCGGAAGAGCGUGGCCGUGCACGUGAGGCGGAAGAGCGUGGCCGUGCACGUGAGGCGGAAGAGCGUGGCCGCGCACGUGAGGCGGAAGAGCGUGGCCGCGCACGUGAGGCGGAAGAGCGUGGCCGCACACGUGAAACCGAGCAGCGUGAGCGUGCACGCCAGGGUGGCCGCCAUAGCAGACGAGACGAAAGAGCAGAAGAAGAGGAGCAGCAGGUGGAGGAGAGGAGACAAAAAAUGGACGUUCAAGGCCGACAAAGAGACGGAGAAAGGGAGCGAGACAGCGGAAGAGAAAGGGAGCGAGACAGCGGAAGAGAAAGGGAGAGAGACAGCGGAAGAGAAAGGGAGAGAGACAGCGGAAGAGAAAGGGAGAGAGAGCGAGCAAGGGAGAGAGAGAAUGAGAAGAUGAGAGAGAAGGAAAGGGAGCCAGAGAAACCGAGGGAUAGAGAGAAGAAUAAAGAGAACAGAGAUAGAGAGGAGAGGAGGAGGAGGAGUUAAAACUCUUUGUCCCUCUUGAAGCAGCAGUGAUGGACUGACAUCUUUUUCUUCUGUUCUGUCAUCCUUCGCUUCUUUACCUCAUCAUGUUGUUGUUUUGGAUUUGGGACCUGUCUCUCUUCACCUGUCUCUCGCUGUCUAAAUCUGUCUACCUGUAUUUUCUAAUAAUGAUUUUGUUGAUAAAUGCGAGAAAAAAACCCAUUAAAGAUGCUUUAGAUGUUUUCUAA